ACGUAAAUAAAGGCCAACACUGUGCCCUUUCACUAAUGCAUAUAAAUACAUGUAUAAGCGUUGCAUGCCUGUAUAAGUCACUCCGAAUCGUAUAUCCAGACGUACAUUGCUAAGCAGUUUUAUGUUCGGAAACUGGCAACAAAGGAAAACAUCUGACGCCAGCAACAGUUUGAUGCAGAGUGGCUUCUCUGGUAGAUCGGAGAAGCAAAAUGAAAAUGUUGCUAAUUGGUUUUAACGUUAUCCUACUUUUAUGUGGGCUUUGCUGGGGUCGUACGGUAAAAACUCCAGUUUUUAGUAACACUUAUACCACUAGAGGAACUUUGUACAUUCCUUACGCUGAAAUUGAAGAACCAUUUUAUGCUUGGUUUGAUGGUUCAAAUGGCAGAAGUCGAAUCGACUACUAUGGAGAUAUGGUCAAAACUUACCAGUUGUCGACUGAAGGGCCUUACGGAAGUUCUAUCAAAAUAGCUCCAGUAACCACCGAAAAUGAAAUAAAUAAGCAAACAUGCCUACAAGUCAAUGGAACUAAGGAAACGAAAAUUCUACCCCAAACUAUUAUACCUGAUACCACUGGAAUGGAGUGUAACGGAGAAGAAAUGAUCUUCGGCAUAAUGGCUGAAAAAUGGAAGUUUACCGAAGUUAUUGAAGAAAAGAAGAACGAAUACACUUUAUGGAUUCGUUACGUGAAAUCAUCCAAACAACCAAAAUUAAAAGAACCAGUUCCAAUCAAAUACGAAAUGCGUGGUUUUAAUACACUUUUGGGGUCACAUUAUGAUCAUUACUAUUUGACGUACGAUUAUUAUGAUUUUGAAGUGCCGAACGAUAAUGUAUUUCAAGUGGACAAGAACUCGAGUUGCGUCAGUUUUCCCGGUCCGGGUAUCGAUCACGUUUACACUUUCAAUCCAAUGCACGAAUUCAUUCACAACUACGAUCAUCAUGUUAAUAAUAUCUUUGAUGAAUUUAAAACUCAGCACAACAAGUCAUACGAUAACGAAUUAGAGCACCACAAACGUAAAAUUCAAUUCAAACACAAUCUCAGAUACAUACACUCGUUUAACCGCGCUGGCUUGUCUUUCCAACUGAAAAUGAAUCAUCUUGCCGAUCGUUUCAAUGAAGAGUUAAGACAUUUGUAUGGAAAGCAGUACACAAAACCAUCUGAAAAAUCUACCGAGGGGUUACUGCCAUUCGAACAUAAUGUUGCAAAAGAAAAGGAUGAUCUUCCUGAAACUUGGGAUUGGAGAAUCAGCGGAGCUGUGACACCUGUCAAAGAUCAGUCUGUAUGUGGUUCAUGCUGGAGUUUUGGCUCAACAGGAGCAGUUGAAGGUGCCUACUUUAUGAAGCACAAAAGAUUAGUGAGACUUUCACAACAGGCCCUCAUAGAUUGUUCUUGGGGCUUCGGCAACAACGGCUGUGACGGAGGUGAAGAUUUCCGUUCUUACCAAUGGAUUAUGAAACAUGGUGGCUUACCCACCGAAGACGAAUACGGUGGUUACCUUGGCCAAGACGGCCUCUGUCAUAUUGACAACGUAGCUAAGGUAGCUAAGCUAAAAGGGUUCGUUAAUGUCAAGGCUAACGACUUGGAUGCGCUGAAACUUGCUAUUUUCAAGCAUGGCCCGGUUUCCGUUGCAAUUGAUGCAUCUCACAAAACUUUUUCGUUUUACUCCAAUGGUGUUUACUACGAACCGUCGUGUGGAAACACUGAAGAAAAUCUGGAUCACGCAGUAUUAGCUGUAGGUUACGGAACUUUAAAUGGUCAAGGUUAUUGGCUGAUUAAAAAUUCAUGGUCCAACUAUUGGGGUAAUGAUGGAUACAUCCUGAUGGCUCAAAAAAAUAAUAAUUGCGGAGUUAUGACUGCGCCAACGUAUGCAGUAGCAGCAUAAAAUCAAAUCAACAAAAGACCUCAAUCAUCUUGGAGAAAUUAACAAAAUCCUACUAGUGUCGAUGUUGUGUUUUCGAAAAAAAUGUGAUGAUAUUCAUUGGAUGAUUUUAGUUUUGUACGAUUUUCUAACUUACAUGAGGCUAUAGAAUAAAAUUUGUUAUAAAUAAACAAAUGUUUUAAUAAUUAAGUUACAAAGUAACGGAGGAGCUUAAAUUAAAAA